AUUCCGAGAUAGUUCUCCCCGUCCACCCGUUCCUUCCUAGCGUUGAACUUUUUUCCUUUGUAGACGUAUUCGCCGCAGAUGGUGCAUUGCAUGGAGAAGGGCGUCAUGAGACGGACUUUGUGCUGCUGGUCUUUGGGAAGCUUUCGGCGGGGAAUUUUGCUGGGAUCGAAGUCCGGCGGGAAGUACUUGUUGAGGACUUUGCGUUCUGACAUGUUUGUGUUGAGUUCUUUGCAAAAUUAUGAAUGAGUGCAGCGGUUCUGGGUCGGCCAGCGACGGAAGAGGAGGGGUUGCGGCUGGACUUUUUAUAUCGGUUAUGUGUUGGGAACAAGAGUUUGCGGACAACAGGCUGUCUGCCGUUCGACGUCGAAAACCGGGGAAGUCGUCGGCGGGGAAGCAGGGGAAGUUGUCAGGGAAGUUGUCGCGACAAAAGCGACCAACUUGGAGCGUCACGUCUCUGGUCGGUCACGUCUGGGGAAUUGUGCCAACCCUGGACUGGAGCAUCCCUGGGAGCAUCCGCAGUCAUCCUCCGGCUGGCUUAACGCUGCACAUGUUUGCAAAGGCCGUAUCGUCAGGCGACAUUAGCGCUGUGAGGGCUAUCCUCUCCUCCACAGGUGAAAUUGGACUGGUCGACGUUGCCGUUAACGACAAAGGCGAUAGACCCCUGCAUUUCGCCGCUCGUGCUCAACGCCUGGACCUUAUAAAGUGCCUGAUAGACGAAGGUAGCGCGAACCCGAACUUGGCUAAUGCCUUCGGCAGAAGACCGCUACAUGAAGCAAUAGACAGUGAGGAAUGCGUGGAGUUUCUCUUGCAAAGCGGGGCCGAUCCGAACGGGUUCAAACACGGCACCUGGACACCCGCCAUGAUCGCUUCUGGGAAAAACCUUCUCCCAACGCUUAGCCUUCUUGUUCGUCACGGAGCGCUCCUUACACCGGCGAACAAGGACGGGUGGACAGCUCUUCAUAUCGCCGCUCAUCACGCGGCUACGGAAUGUUUGGAAUACCUUCUCACCUGUGCCCCGGAACUCUCGAUCGCAAAGUCCAAAUGCGAUAGAACUCCACUGCAUAUGGCAGCAAGUACCGGGUUUGCUGCUGGGUUGGAAAUGCUGCUAAGGAACGCCAAGACCUUUUACGAGGACACCAAUGUCUGUGAUCUGAAAGAUGCGGAAGGCGCGACGGUGUUUCACGCGGCGGCCGUUGGGGGCUCCUUGGAGUGCAUCGACAUGUGCGUGCAGAAUGGAUGUGAUGUGCAUGCGACGUCGAAAGGCGGGUUGGGGGCCGCGCAUUAUGCGGCGAUGGUGGGACGGGUGGAAGUUCUGCGGCAUUUGUGUGGCAGUCGCAUGGAUGCAACCGGCGGCAGCGCCGAGACGGUGAGGAAGUUGGUGGAACACGACACGAUGGAAGGAUUCACGCCAGCGCACUAUGCUGCUCGUGAGGGACACACCGGUGUGAUUCGUCAAAUGUUCGACCCUGUCCCUGAAGGAUUUGGUCUGAACCCGACAAUUCAAGACUUCAGAGGCCGAACACCUCUGGACAUAGCACGGGCGUGGAAGAGAGAAGAUGUCAUUCGCUAUCUCGAGCCCCUUUGUUGAGGGUGGUCGGUGCAUCGGCUAUGGUAUCUAUGCAUGGUUCUCCUGGCUGGUCAGGACUUAAAUGAAUGGUGUUUGCAUGAUGCUGUAUAUGUAGCUGCGUGCGCUUCUCACCGGUGUGCUGUAUCUCCAAGUUUUCGUCUUAAUGCAGAAAACGCGUGUGGGGGUUCGCUGAGUGAUG